UCUAUUUGAGAUCGUUUUCGUACCUUCUUUGGCCAUUGAAACGUCAAAAUGUCAAUUAUAGGAAAAAGCUGGAAAAGUUUUUUGCUCAGAAGCGCUCAAACUGCUUAUCAAACAUUUUCAGGAACCGACAAACAACUUUUUUUUUUAUUUUGAGGAACAAGAUGAUUUGAUGACGUGAGUGGACAGAAAAACCCGCCUCAAAAAAGUGAAAAAGUGUGGGCCCCCCACAAAAAAAGGCGCAUGAAGGCACCAUCGAAAAAGGGCAACUUUUUUUCUGACUCUGUAUUAAUUAUUUAUUGUUCAACUCUCCCCACUCUUCUAAUCUAAUUUACUUCAUCAACAAGUAUGGCUUCCAGGCUCCUUAGUAAUGCACUUCAAACGAACGUCAAAUUGACAAAGCAGUUUGUACGUCCUUUAGCUACAGCUGCUAAACAAGCUUCAGCUAUUCGCAUCACCCACUUAGCUAACGGUUUAACCGUUGCAACCGAUGAAAAGCCAUCUACUUCAGCAACUGUUGGUGUUUGGAUUGAAGCCGGCUCUCGUCAAGAAACCGCUAAGACCAAUGGUGCUGCCAACCUUUUAGAACAAAUUGCUGUUCAGGGACAAGCCAAGAAGUUCGAGAAGAUUGGCGGUAUUCUGGAUGCAAAAACUGGACGUGAAGUUACGUCGUUCUCUGCCAAGAUUUUAGGGUCUAAAGUUAAUGAAUCAAUCGAACUUUUAGCUGAUCUUAUUCAAAAUACCAAAAUUGAUGCUUCCGCUGUUGAUAAGCAACGUCAAGCUGUAUUGAAGCAACAAUUAGCUGCUGAAUACGACUAUGACGCCGUUGUUUUCGACCACUUAUAUGCCACAGCUUUCCAAGGCUCAUCUUUCAGUCGCCCCGUUGCUGGUAUUAAAGAAACCGUUGAGCAAUUAACUGUUGAUGAUUUAGCUGCCUUCCAAAAGGAAAACUAUAGUGCUGACCGUAUGGUUCUCGUCGGUUCCGGUGCUGUCAAUCAUGAUGAACUUGUUCGUCUUGCCGAAUCUAAGUUUGGAAGCCUCACCUCAACCAGCAUUUCUAGUCAACAGAAACCCACUUUUACAGGUUCCGAAAUCCGUAUUCGUGAUGAUGUUUUACCACAAGCUCGUAUUGCUCUUGCUGUUGAGGGUGCACCUUAUCUCUCUAACGAUUAUUUCAAAUUACUCAUUAUGCAAGCCGUUAUCGGCGCCUAUGAUAGAAACCUCGGUGGCGCCCCUAACUUAUCAUCCAAAUUAUCCACAGUGACACAUGGUAAUCAUCUUGCCAACUCCUUCGCUUCAUUCACUAAAGGUUAUAAGGAUACUGGCCUAUGGGGUAUGUACUUCGUCACUGAAAAUAAGGAUCAAAUUGACGAUUUUGUCCACUUCCUUCAAAAGGAAUGGAAUCGUCUCUCCACAUCUGUUACUGUUGCAGAAAUUGAACGUGCAAAACAACAAAUCAAGGCUUCUUGGUUAUUAAAUAAUGAUAGCACUUGCACUGUCGCGCAAGAAAUCGGUACUCAAGUCCUUGCUACGGGCAAAUAUUUGGAUGCUGGAGAAUUAAAAGCUACUAUCGAUAAGAUUACUGCUGAUGAUGUCCGUAAAGCUGCGUACCGUUACAUUUGGGAUCAAGAGAUUGCUGUGGUAGGACACGGUCCUGUUGAAUGUUUAACUGACUUCGGCAGAGUUCGUGGUAACAUGGCUUACAACAGAUUCUAAACAUAUACAUUUGUACUAUUUAAUUAAUCCAAAAUCGAAAAUUGAAAAGGGAAAUAAAAAAAUAACAAAAAUCCGGCUAGAAUUCGAUUAAACAUAGAUACCAUCCUGUCCUUUUAUAUAAAAUAUACAUUGAUUAAAGGGCAUAACUGAUAAUUGCAGAAGAUUAUAUACGAUAUUUCUAAGCUAAAUUCAAGCCAUGUAUCUUUUGGUUAACAUUUUCAAUUUAUUGCAUAAAUAUCUACUGCAAACAUGAUCCACAAUAUUGUCGGAAGAAAGUAUUAACACUCAGUAACUCGAUGGUUUUAUCUCCAAUUGGUGUAACGAAGGGUAGCUUAUCAAAGCCCCAAGGUGCAAAACUAGUCAUAAACCAUGGAAGUGUCCAGAAUGCGACUGCCACC